AUGUCGUCCCCAAGUCCAGGCAAGAGGCGAAUGGAUACCGACGUGGUGAAACUCAUUGAAAGCCAACAUGAAGUCACCAUCCUCAGUGGGCUCAACGAGUUUGUGGUCAAGUUCCAUGGUCCUAAAGGAACCCCUUAUGAAGGUGGGGUAUGGAAAGUUCGGGUAGACCUACCAGAUAAAUACCCUUUCAAGUCACCAUCCAUAGGGUUUAUGAAUAAGAUAUUUCACCCGAACAUCGAUGAAGCCUCAGGAACAGUUUGUCUGGAUGUUAUAAACCAGACCUGGACUGCUCUCUAUGAUCUCACCAACAUCUUUGACAUGUUCCUGCCUCAGCUGCUGGCUUAUCCCAACCCCAUUGAUCCUUUAAAUGGAGACGCAGCAGCCUUGUACCUGCACAAGCCAGAGGAUUAUAAGCACAAAAUCAAAGAAUACAUGCAGAAGUACGCCACGGAGGAGGCCCUAAAGGAGCAGGAGGAGGAGGGCGGAGACUCCUCAUCAGAGAGCUCCAUGUCAGACUUUUCUGAGGACGAGGCUCAGGAUAUGGAAUUGUAG